GUAAUAAUCCCAAAAACAAAGACGAACAUAACGCUGCAAGGACAAGGCAUGGAGUCCACCGCAAUAGUGUGGAACGGCACCGCCAAUUCCUCCGGCGGAACCUUCUACAGCGCGUCCGCAUCUGUGUUCGGAGAUAACUUCAUUGCGAAGAACAUAAGCUUUAUGAAUGUUGCACCAAUCGCGAAGCCCGGGGAUAUGGGAGCUCCGGCGGUGGCGAUAAGGGUGGCCGGCGACCAGGCGGCGUUCUGGGGUUGCGGGUUCUUUGGAGCUCAGGAUACUCUUCAUGAUGAUGCAGGGAGGCAUUAUUUCAAGGAAUGUUACAUACAAGGUUCCAUUGAUUUCAUUUUUGGGGAUGCAAGGUCACUUUAUGAGGUAACAAAUGCCUUCUUCAUUAACAUUAAGUUCCUGAAUCAUAUCCUCAUCCGACCAAAGCAUUCUGCAACCUUCUCGAAGUGCCAUGUGGCAUUUAAGACUACAAGCCUCCAAUGGUACAAAUUUUUCGGUCUAACAUAG